GCGUCGACGACGUGAGGCUGUGCCUCCACAUCGGGGUUGGCUGCGGAGAGAUCAGCAUCCUGCAGGUGGGAGGCGUUGUGCCCCCGGAGACGCACGUGCCCCGCCUGGAGUACCUGAUCUCUGGGGCCCCCCUGGAGCAGAUCAGCGUAGCCGAGCCACUGGCCAAGAACGGGGAGACAUGCCUCAGCCCGCAAGCGUGGGACCUCGUCAAGGACUGCGUCAUCGAGGGGCGGAAGCUGGAGGAGAAUCCAGACUUCCACCUCCUCUCCCGCAUGGCGGAGUCCAAGUACACCUUCCCCACGAUCAAGUAUGCGACACGGCUCUACGACAUGCGGCACAAGAAGACCUUCGGGCUGGAGCAGCUGAACAUCAUUCGCCGCUACAUCCCGUCGUCGGUCUUCAAGCAGAUCGAGUGCGGCACGCUGCCGUACGUGAACGAGAUGAGGAACGUCUCCGUGGUCUUCAUCAGCGGCUCCGGGCUGGACGUCUCGUCGCCCAACGGCCCGAAGCAGGCCCAGGAGCUGAUGUCCGAGGUGCAGAAAGUGUGCUACGCCCACGAAGGCACGCUCAACAAGUUCCUGAUUGACGACAAAGGCCUGCCGCUGGUCCUUUCUUUGUGCCAUUGCAGAGGUCUGGAGAGGACCUGA